AUGCGUUUCACUGCUGCUGCUGCUGCCUUGAUGGCUGGUACCGCCAUUGCCGGCGAUGUUUCCACUGACUACACCACUCAGCUGGUCACCAUCACCGCCUGCCCUGAGACCGUCACCGACUGCCCUGCUCGCUCUACUCAGGUCCAGACCUCCGUGGUUCCUCUGACCACCUCUACCGUCUACUCUACCAAGGUGCACACCAUCACCUCUUGCGCUCCCACCGUCACCAACUGCCCGGCUCACAGCACCAUUGUCACCACUGAGACCGUUGCCGUCUCUACCACUGUCUGCCCCGUUGGUCCUCCUACUUCUGUCCCCGGACACUGGAACACCACCAUUGCUCCUCCUGCCACCACUCCUGGACAGUGCGGCGGUCAGCCUUGCCCUCCCGCCUCUUCCGGCCCUGCUACCCAGCUGCCUCCUCCCGUCACCACCCAGGCUCCCGCCUGCCCCUCUCACUCGGUCACUGCCAUCACCAAGAGCUACACCACUGUCUUGACCUCCGUUGAGUACUCUACCAUCGAGGUUCCCUGCCCUACUCAGUCCGCUCCCGGCACUGGUGCUCCCCCUGCUCCCACCAACCCCCCUACUGGUGGCAACCAGACCACCCCCGGUGGCAACCCCCCUCCCGUCACUGCUGGCGCCGCUUCCUUCGCCGGCUCUGCCGUCUUCGCUGCCGUCGCCGGUAUUGCCGCUUUCGUCCUUGCUUAA